AUGACCAGCCCGGCGAGCCUGGUCAGGCCCUGCCUGGAGAGGAUCGCCCAGAACGCCACCGCCCGCAAGCAGGCGGGCCUGCGCCAGGAUGUCCUGGCCUUGCUGGAGGAGCUGGACUCGGCGCUGCCGCUGCAGCCGGCCCAGCCGCCCGAGCAGCAGCGUGCCGCGUCGCCCACGCCCGAGGCGCCGCCUGCGCGGCCGCCGCGUGGAGCUGCGCCCGGCGUGCAUGCCGGGCUGGCCGAGGACCCGGAGUCUGGGGCCUUCCGCCUCACACUCCGCCUCGAAGACGACGACGAUGGCGGCGGAGAGGAGGGCGGCGAAGACGGCGAGGUGCCGCUCGCCGAGGAGGCGGGCCGGCAGAUGACGCCGCGGCAGCGCGGCGGCGAGCACCACCCGGGCGCGCUGACCGACGAGGCCGCCCUGCGCCUGCUGGAGGUGCUGGCGGCGGCCGUGGACAGCCGGCGCUUCGUGCUGGUCGAGGCGGCGCUGGACGCGGUGCAGCGCCUGAUCGCGCAUGCCUACAUCCGCGGCACGGUGACCGUGCUGCACCACCGCGCGGGGGGGGGCGCGGGUCCCUUGGACCACGGUGCAGGGGGCGAGGGAGCCACAGCAGGCACGUCGACCUCCGCCUCCACCCCCUCGCCGGGGUCCGAGGUGCGGCGCCCGCUGCCCCCCGCCGCGCUGGCGGUGGACCUGAUCGUGCGCUGCGACGACCUGGGUGACGAGGGCGUGGAGCUGCGCCUGCUGUCCGCGCUGCUCACGGCCGUGACCAGCGCGGGGCUGGCGGUGCACGGCGCCGCGCUGCUGCUCUGCGUGCGGGCGGGGUACAACGUGUACCUGCUGUCCCGCAGCGAGGUCAACGCCGCCACGGCCAAGGCCACGCUCACCCAGGCACUGAACGUCUGCUUCGCGCGCAUGGAGUCGGGCGACGCGCACGAGGUGCCCCCGCCCAUCAUGGUGGCAGACGUGCUGGGCAUGCCCCCCGCCGAGACCAGCUCGCUGUCGGCCAGCGUGCAACAGUUCCUGACCGACGUGGUGGCCUCCGUCGACCCCUUUGGGACACAUGCUCGUGGCGUGCAGCAGAGCCUGGACGCCGUGUUUGCCGCCCCCGCGGGCCCCGGCAGCGGCGGCGCACGCAGCCCUACCGCUGCGGGGUCCACGCCGGCCAGCCCCGCGGGCGCCUGGGGCGCGGGCGGCGCGGCAGCCGACCCCGGCGUCGGGCCCCCGGCGCCGCCCGCCGUGGAGGAGCCCGUGGACGAGCCGGGCGACCGCGACGGCAUCCAGUGGCGCGAGCCCGCCAGCCCGCUGGCGCCCCUCGCCCUGGCCGGCGAGGCCAGCGCCGCGUCCACGGGCGGCGCCGUGCCGGGAGCGGGGGACCCCAACGUGGCGCUGGCCCUGCAGCGCUCUGCCUACCUGGUGUUCAGGGCGCUGUGCAAGCUGUCCAUCCGCAGCGUGGACGGCGGGGGGGGGACGGACGCCACCACCGCCCGCGGCAAGGUGCUGGCGUUGGAGUUGCUGAAGAUCGUGCUGGAGAACUCGGGCCCGGUGUUUGCCACCAGCGAGCGUUUCAUGGGCGCCAUCCGGCAGUACCUGUGCCUGUCCCUGCUCAAGAACUGCGCGAGCUCGGUGCCCGCCGCGCUGCCGCCCUGCGCCUCCAUCUUCCUCACGCUGCUGACCCGCUUCCGUGCCGCGCUCAAGGGCGAGGUGGGCGUCUUCUACCCCAUGAUCCUGCUGCGGCCCAUCGAGCCCGUGGGCGCGGGCGUGCUGGCGCACACCACGGGCUCCGUGGGCGGCGCCGCGCCGGUGGACGUGGCCUACCGCGGCGUGGCCCUGGCCUGCCUGGCCCGCCUGGCGGCCGACGGCCAGGCGCUGAUGGACCUGUACGUCAACUACGACUGCGACCUGGAGGGGGCCAACCUGUUCGAGCGCACCGUGGCGGCGCUGGUGCGCCUGGCGCAGGGGUCGCCGGGGCUGGAGGCCGCCGUGCCCGCGCCCGCCGAAGAGCGCGCGCUGCGCUUCGAGGCCCUGCGCUGCCUGCUGACGGGGUCGACGCUGGAGGGGUGGAAGGCGUUCAAGCGGGUGUUCCAGGAGGGCGUGGAGCUGUUCAACGCCAAGCCCGCCAAGGGCGUGGCCUUCAUGCAGGAGCAGGGGCUGGUGGGGCCGGACCCCGACGACGUCGCCCAGUUCCUGGCCAAGACCCUGAGCCUGAGCAAGGCGCAGGUGGGGGACUACCUGGGGGAGCGCGACCCCUUCAACCUCAAAGUCAUGCACGCCUACGUGGAUGCGCUGGACUUUGCCGGCCUGGAAUUUGACAUGGCCAUCAGGAAGUUCCUGGACGGGUUCCGGCUGCCCGGCGAGGCGCAGAAGAUCGACCGCCUGAUGGAGAAGUUUGCGGAACGGUACGUGCUGUGCAACCCCGACUCCUUCCGCUCCGCGGACGUGGCCUACGUGCUGGCCUACUCGGUGAUCAUGCUGAACACCGACGCGCACAACCCGGGGGUCAAGGUGAAGAUGACGCGCGCCGACUUCCUGCGCAACAACCGUGGCAUCAACGACGGCGGCGACCUGCCCGAGGCCUUCAUGUCGGGACUGUACGAUGCCAUCCGCGCCGCGGCCCUGGAGCCCUCCGACGAGGCGCUGGCGCGGUGGCACGACGCGCUGCGCGCACGGGCGGCGGGCGCCACCUUCCACGAGACGCACGACCCCGCGGCGGUGGCCGGCGCGCUGGCCGUGGCCUGGGCGCCGCUCCUGGGCGCGCUCAGCACGGUGUUCGAGGAGUCGGAGGACCCGCGCUGGGUGGUGCUGUGCCUGGCGGGCCUGGUGGCCGCCUCGGGGCUGGCCUGCGCGCUGGGCGCGGCCACGCUGCGCGACGCCUUCGUCGCCUCCCUGGCCCGCUUCACCAUGCUGCACAGCCCGGGGGCGCUGCGCCUGAAGCACGCACAGGCCUUCCGCGCGCUGCUGGUCGUCGCCGAGCACAACGGCGACGCGCUGGGGCCGUGCUGGCAGGACGUCCUGCGCUGCGUCUCGCGCUUCGAGCUCCUGCAGACCGCCACCGCGGGCGUGCCCUCCGACGCGCUCCUCUUCGCCUGGGGCCGUGCUGGCAGGACGCCCUGCGCUGCCGUACCCGGGGGGGGCCGCGACGCCUUGCCCCCGGCGGAGGUCAUGCGCAGCGUGGACCCCGACGAUCUGGACCGCAUCUUCGUGCACAGCAGCCGCCUGAACAGCGACGCCAUCGUGGAGUUUGUGACCACGCUCUGCACGAUUGCCCGUGAGGAGCUGCGCCCCGUGGACGCGCCCCGCGUCUUCUCGCUCACCAAGAUCGUGGAGAUCGCGGCGCACAACAUGGACCGCAUCCGCCUGGUAUGGGCCCGCAUCUGGGCCGUGCUCUCCGACUUCUUCGUGGAGGUGGGCUGCGCCCCCAACCUCCAGGUGGCCAUGUACGGCGUGGACUCCCUGCGCCAGCUGGCCACCAAGUUCCUGGAGCGCGACGAGCUGGCCAACUACACCUUCCAGUCCGACUUCCUGCGGCCCUUCUGCGUCGUCAUGCGCCGCUCCAAGGCCCCGGAGAUCCGCGAGCUGGUCAUCAGGUGCGUCUCCCAGAUGGUGCUGGCCCGGGUGGCCAACGUCAAGUCGGGGUGGAAGAGCGUCUUCAUGGUCUUCACCACCGCCGCGGCGGACGAGUCCCCCCAGAUCGUGCGCCUGGCCUUUGACACCGUGGAGAAGAUCGUGCGGGAGCACUUUCACUACAUCACCGAGACAGAGGCCGCGACCUUCACCGACUGCGUCAACUGCCUCAUCGCCUACACCAACAAUCCCCACUCUCUGGACGUGGCCCUGAACUCCAUCGCCUUCCUCCGCUUCUGCGCACUGCAGCUGGCCGCCGGCGGCAUCGGCGACGUGGAGAAGCUGCCGGAGGGCGCAUCCAACCACACAACCAGCGCCACAGUCGGUUCGCUGCGCUUUACGGACAAGGAGCAGCACAUGUACUACUGGUUCCCCCUCCUGGCGGGCCUGUCGGAGCUGACCUUCGACCCGCGACCCCAGGUCCGCACCAGUGCCCUGGACGUGCUGUUCGACACGCUGCGCUUCCACGGCGGCUCCUUCACCCCCGCCUUCUGGCUGCGCGUGUUCGACUCGGUCCUGCUCCCCAUCUUCGACGUGGUGCGCGCCGAGAUCACCGACACCACCACCUUCACCGACGAGCGGCGGCGCGCGGAGGCGGACCGCUGGCUGUACGCCACCUGCACGCGCACGCUGCAGUACAUCGUCGACCUGGUGGCGCAGUACCACGCGGGCGUGGAGCCGCUGCUGGCCCGCCUCCUGCACCUGCUGCUGGGCUUCGCCACGCGCCCGCACGCCGAGCUGGCGGCGGUGGGCGUGGCAGCGCUGUCCCGCCUGACCCUGGCCCUGGCGCCGCGGCUGGACGAGCCCGGCUGGCGCGCGCUGCUGGACGCCUACGCCGAGGCGGCGCGCGAGACGCUGCCGGACCGGUACGAGGGGGCGGGGGCGGGGGAGGAGGGCGCCACGCUGGCCCCGCUGGCCACCGCCACGCUGACCAGCCUGCGUGGCUUCGACGACGACGCCUUCCGCGCGCAUGUGCACGACCUCUUCCCGCGCCUGGUGGCGCUGAUCGCCGCGGAGGGCGCGCCGCCGGAACUGCGCCGCGCGCUCUCGGACCUCUUCCUGCACCGUGUGGGGGCCAUGCUGGUCUGA